CUGGUCUUAGAACAAGAAAAGAGCAGAAGCGCACAAAAUGAAUUGCAGGACGAGGUAUAUUUUGAAUAUUUAUGAUUUAAGAAUAGACAAUAUGCAGUGGCCAAGGGCCCUUACCCCGAGUGUAGUUUGCACCCACCUAGUGAUGUCUAGCACACCCCCAGAGAACUCCAGCACCACCCUAAAAAAUCUGAUUGACCAUACAUUUUCUACUUUUAAAUUAGUGGAAAUUCUACUGUUAGCGCAUGUGAUUCAUACCUACCAAGUCUCGCGCAUUAUGUGUGUGACACACGCCUCAGCAUAUUUUCUCACACUCACAUGCGCAGUAUAAUUUAUCUCGCGCAUGAGCUGCUUUGGCCGCAUUUCGACUGCAGAGUUUAUUAAAAAAACCCGUAAAUCUGGAGAGCGUUGUAAACUUUAGCAUUUAGUUCUUCUAUUUUACACUAUGAAAUUAGUCAGUAAAUUAAUCUCGUGAAUAGAGUGGGUAGGUGUUUAUUAUCAGUGCGAAUUUGCUGUCAACACCUUUGAUACCGUAAUUGCGCCUGUUUGCAAUCUCGUUCCCCGAGCCUGCGAUCCUCGGGAAGGAACGCGAGGCUCUGGGAUAAUCCGUUGCCGGAAGCCAGGAAUGCUGGCUAAGAUUUAACUACGCAUUCCAUUUCAACGGCCAAUCAGAUUCCUCCCUGAAACGGAUUAUCCCAGAGUCUCGCGUUCCUUCCCGAGGAUUGCAGGCUCGGGGAACGAGAUUGGCCUGUUUGCUGUGCGUAAAUGCUAUCUGAUAACAGCAUCCAAGGUGCGGCUAUUACACAGCAAAUUGUGAAUAUGUUGUGUGUUGGGAAUGAAACGCUGGGAAUUCGAUAUCAGACCCAAAUUGCAUCCUCAGAUGGCGUCUCAUGCAUGUGGAUCACUCCACCUUGGCAGCUAUGGUGAUUUCAUGUGCCACCCCAAGGAAAACCUGCACCCCUCCUUACAGAUGGGGCUAGAUCUACCCCUGUAUUCUGAAAUUAAUAUUCAACACUGUUAAAAGGUGAUUUAUCAAAACCUAUACAUUUUUCUUCAAUUUCUGACCACCCUAGACUUCACAAAUUAAUAAGUCCCCCCCCCCCCUUCAAAGAUAAAUUCCUGGUUGGCACCACUGAUAAUACACAAUCAGAUUUUCGAAGAGUGAGACUCGUAACAGAAUUGGUGCAUUUCUGCCAGGUUACGGGCUGGGCAACUACAGAACAGAACAAAUUUAUUUAUUUAGCUUUGCCAACUAGGGCAGGGUCACCACAACAGCAUAUGCCAAUUACUGUGGGCCCUUUUACCUAACCCACCCUGUCAACUUUCCCUGUGGGAGGAAACCGGAGUACCCGGAGGAAACCCACGACUUUCAGCAGAGCGUUGACUUUUACUCUUUUCACAUGAGGACUGGGUUCGAGUCACAUUGAGAAGUUCUCACUGAGGCUUGAACCUGCGACCUUAGAGGUGAAAGGCAAGUGCGCUAACCACUUGGCCACAGAAGCCCCAUAAUUGAACCAAAAUUCACUUGAUUUGUUCUUGGUUUAUGACCAUUGCCCCUACAAAUUUUCGUAUUAACCAGGUUUAAUAUUUUUUGAGUUAUUGUGCUAAUGGACAAACACACACACACACACACACACACACACGCACACACACACACACACACACACACACACACACACACACACACACACACACACAAUUACUAACCCAUGUGCAAACAAUAAUAAUUGACUGUUGAACCAUAUUGUCUAAACUUGUGUAUAGAAAACACAAUACUUAUUCAGUAUACAGUACAAUGGUACAGAAUUGGCAAGUGCUUUCAUAACGUAACUUGUGUUAAAAGAAAACGUCUUUUUUGAGAAACAACAAGAGAUGAAAAGCAUAAAUGGCUUAUCGAAGAAAGUUUUAAAAGGAAUUUCCUACUCACAGCAAAACUAAAAUUCCAAGAUGGCCAAUAUCAACUUACGUUAUGGGCAUUAUUAGAUUACUAUAUCAUUUUACAACAGAACAUAACACAACAGAACAAAAUAUUGUACUUAGUCUAAUUAGAAUUAGAAAAAAUAGGUACGCUGUAGCGUACAUGGCGUCUACUGGAUCAAAAACAAAGAAUGCUUAAGGAUGAUGCACAGGCUUUAACCUAACCAAAGAGCUUGUUUGCAGGAGAAGUGAACCGUCCACUGGCAUACAUAUAUUUAAACUUCUUGUUGACAGCAUAUGGCGACUACUGUUCCAGCACACACCAAAAAUUAAUACUUUUUAAAUAUGACUUGUAUGUUUUAUUGCUCUUUAUAGUUAACAACUUGUAGACAGAAUCUCCAUGAUGAAAGGCAGCAAAAUGCAGCGAUGCAGGAACAAUUAAAUUCCAUAGUAGAAAAAAGACUUGAAGUUGAACAGAAGGUACUGUGUGAGUCAAAAGAGUGCUCUGGUUAAAAUUUGUUUUAUAGUUGUUUUAGUUUUAUUAGCUUCGCCAACAAAAAAUAUACAAAAUUACUAUAUAUAAAUUACAUAACAUAACAGAAAUUACAACAAAUGACUUCUAAAUUUGGCAGGAGCACCGCAACAGCGUCAGCCAAUUACUGCGGGUCCAAAGAUUAUAAAAGCUAGGCUAAAAAUGUGUUAAAAACAACAAGUUAGCCGUCUUGACAUGUUUCGAGCAACGUUACAUGAAGUACAAGUUGUUUUCCAUGAUUGAGCCUCCUCGGGGUCAUAGGAUUGGACAAGGGCGUUUUUUAUUGGACAAAAGCGUUUUUAGUUGAACAGGCCAGUUAUGCAUUGUUCAAUUCUUCCUGUUUUCUUCACCCUAGGAUAAUAUUCGCACAAACUAUUAUUGCACAAUGUAAACACGUUAUCAAAAUUUCACAAAUCCCAUCCUUUGACAGGCAGUCCUGAGGGUGGGUUAGGCACAUAGGUUUGGAGGCAGAUCAUUAAUGAGGUAUGGACUAAUAGCGGCUGCUCAAGCGCCAUUUGUAAGCUCAAAGUCUACCUCGGUCUGCUUCACGUCAGUCCGGUUCUAUCUAUCUAUUCAUAAUGUAACCAGUCACUGAAAAGCCCUGAUAUAGGGAGUGUGCUGUGAAAUAUCUGUAGAAAUAUCUGUAGGCAUUUUUGGCAACUUGCAAUACAAUCUCUGAUCUCCAGGCAUGUUUAAAUACAUAAGAAAAAAUCAGUGGAGUGCAAGUGGGCCCAUGUUUUCCACUUUUCUUCAAGUAUUGAGACGCCAUAGAAACAAGCUCGCCAACGUGAAAUUUCGAACAAACACCCCCGGACAAGGUGCCUAACAAAAUUCUCCCCCCCCCCCGGGAAGUGUUGGUGUACAUCUCCCGAGUGAUUGUCGGGGGGGUACAGGAAGAAAUGAACCAUGCAUAAUUACCACAAGUUUGGAUUGAUUUAGGUACAGGAAGAAAUGAACCAUGCAUAAUUACCACAAGUUUGGAUUGAUUUAGGAUAUCCUUUGGCUUUUGAUUGUCCUUGUAGAAAUAAGCAACCUGUGCAAGGUUUAAGUAUAGACAAUCAGAUAGUUGGGAAGAAUUUCCACCUAGCGUGGUCUGGUUAAUUUAAUACAUCGGUCAUAAAUUUGUACAUGAGUCAUACAAGGUCCUUCAUGAUCAUUUCUGAAUUACAAAUAUUUCCAAGAUAGGUUGUUUGAUAAGGAUUGUUAAACUUGGUAUUUAUACUUUUACUGUAUGACUUGUUUGUUGUUGUUUUUUUACUUUAUAGUUGCGCAAAAAGAUGCGUGACAUACAAGUGGAGAAUAGUGCCCUGACUGCAAGAAAAGCGUCAGUUGAAGAAGAGGUAAAAAUUGAAAACCUUCACUUUUAAAAUACCGUCAAUGGAAUUCCCUGCUUAAGGGGGAAAAUUAACUUUACAACCAUAAAAUUCAUAAAUAGGCUAUAUUUAAUCUAUUUAAGCAGACGCAUGAAGUUAUAAGACAGAGCUAAUUACGUCAGGUGACUACAGUAUAGUAAUUCAUGCCCCGUAAUGUCUUCAUUUUGCAUUUUCGGAGAAAAUUGCUCAUGUUUCCGCGUACGAAGGACCACAGUUUUUCUGAACACUCCGUUUUCCACUUCUGUUUAUCUGGGCCAAUAAAAGAUUGCUCUUACUCGAACUUUAGAGAGAACAGUUCAGAACUGAUGGAGUUUUCUUCAGUAAUAACACUGAUCCAAUAAAGGGAUUGUUUUUACUCGACUUAUAGGAAAAAUAGUGUACAACUAAUUUGUCGAUUCGCAAAAUAGUUGGCAACAUUUUUUCACCUGAAUUUUAACCAACUGAACGUGAUCCUUGCCUGCCUACACUUCACUUUAAUAUUAUAAGCAGUCUCUGUUGAAAAUGUAAAGUAGUGGCAGGUAGUUUUCGAAUCUAGUAUAAAUAUUUUUUUAAAUAACGUUCAGACGUUUUCUGAAUACAAAGUUUGAUGUGCAUCACAUAAAUAAAGUUAGUUUAGCUCUGGUUGCUAACAGAAAGCAAAACAAUGAAAAUACUUAUUGCUAUACAAACUAACUUGUACACAUUCUUCUAUUUAACUGGACCAAUAAAGGAUUGCUCUUACUCGAACUUUAGAGAGAACAGUCAGAACUGAUAGAGUUUUCUUCAGUAUUAACACUGAUCCAAUAAAGGAAUUGUUUUUACUGGAUUUGUAGGAAAAAUAGUGUACAACUAAUUUAUCGAUUCGCAAAAUAGAUGGGAACAUUUUUUCAUCUGAAUUUUAACCAACUGAACGUGAUCCUUGCCUGCCUAUACUUCACUUUAAUAUUAUAAGCAGUCUCUGUUGAAAAAUGCAUGCAAAGUAGUGGCAGGUAGUUUUCGAAUCUGUAGAUAGACUUCUCUAUAGUAUAAAUAAAUUUAUAAAUAAAGUUCAGACGUUACAAAGCUUGAUGAACAAUUUCUGCAUCGCAUAAAUAAAGUUAGUUUAGUUUUGUUGCUCACAAAAAGCAAAACAAAUACUAUAAUAUACUUAUUGCUACACAAACUAACUUGUACACAUUCUUCUUUUCUGUUAUAUGCAUUUAGAACGAACAACAACAAGCUCAACUGGCUACACAAUCGGCUCAGCUAGACGCAGCAAGAGCGCAAAUAAAUGAGCUUCGCCAGACCGUAAGUUUUGUUGUUAGUCACCCCUUAUAACUGCAAUGCAGCUGCAAUAGAUGGCGAAUAUAGCAGAAUGAAUCUGCGGCGGCUUUUUGUAGAAUAUUAUCUAUACUGGACCACCACGUUUGAGAUAUCUUUUUCACGUAGUUCAGACACAAACCACCGCAGCUUAUUGUAGAAUACUACCUACACUGGACCACCACGUGACGAAGUUUCUUGAACAAUUUUUGCGUCACAUCAAUAAAGUUAGUUUAGUUUUGUUGCUCACAAAAAGCAAAACAAAUACUAUAAUAUACUUAUUGCUACACAAACUAACUUGUACACAUUCUUCUUUUCUGUUAUAUGCAUUUAGAACGAACAACAACAAGCUCAACUGGCUACACAAUCGGCUCAGCUAGACGCAGCAAGAGCGCAAAUAAAUGAGCUUCGCCAGACC